AUGGCUUCCUCUCUCAAAAUUGAUGGUCUUUUGGGCAUGCUUACCAUUCGGCUUAACAAUGACAACUUCUUGAAGUGGAGUUAUCAACUGGAGUCGGUACUCCAGGGCUACGAUCUGUUCGGCCACUUCAAUGGUUCAUUUGUUGCUCCUCCAAAAUUCGCCAUUGUUGGUGAAAAAGGUACUACUUCUGAGGUCACUACGGCCUAUAAAGACUGGAUUCGCACAGACAAGGCACUCUUGAGUCUUCUUAUUGCAUCUUUGUCAGAUGAAGCACUUGAGUAUGUCAUCGGGAGUCAAACAGCUAGAGAGGCCUGGCUUCAUCUCUGUGAUCGCUAUGCCUCUGUUUCUCGAGCAAGAAUUAAUAAUCUGAAAACAGAACUACAGACUGCUCAAAAAGGUGGAGACUCCAUUGAGCGAUUCUUGCUUCGUCUUAAACACAUUCGUGACCAAUUGCGUGCAGCUGAUGUGCGAAUUUCCGAUGAUGAUUUUGUUAUUGCUGCGUUGAAUGGUUUACCACCAGAGUAUGCCAUAAUCAAGACUGUAUUGAUUGCUCGUGAUUCUCCAAUCACUCUUAAGGAUUUUCGUGCUCAACUCCUAGCUGCAGAGCAAACUGCUGAGGCUCGUAUUGUUCAUCACUUAGGUCUGUAUGCUGCGAAUUCAUCUUCUAGUGUUCAAUCCUCUUCUGUUGCUUCUAGUCAAGGCUUAUUGCCUACUCCUCAUUCUCUGCCUCUUGUGCAUUCUUAUCGUGGCUUUUCUUCUGGCCGUGGAAGGUUUAAUGGCAGCCGGAAUCAGCAAUCUCAGUUUCGUUCAUCUGGUUUUCGUGGUGCUUCCUCUUCCAAUUAUGGUGGUUCUAGUUCAUACAAAGUUGUGCCAGAAUGUCAAAUAUGCAGCAAACGUGGUCAUACAGCGACGAACUGUUAUUUUCGCAAUGCUCCCUCUUCGGAUGCUCCUUCACCUGUUGUUGAGUGCCAAAUCUGUGGGCAAGCACCGCCAUCUUCCUUAACUGCUAUGACGGCUCAAUCUUCUUAUUCUCCAGAGCAAGUCUGGAUUGCUGACACAGGAGCUUCUCAUCAUAUGGUUGGCAAUGCCUCUCACCUGCAUAAUGUUACUUCUUGUGAUGUGACUGAGAAUGUCACUGUUGGUAAUGGGGAAGGUUUGGAAAUUCUUAAUCUUGGCACUACCUCUAUUUCUUGUGCCAGUACCAAAGCUUUAUCUUUGCCAUAUGUGUUUCAUGUUCCCAAACUUAAAGCCAAUCUAUUAUCGGUGCAUCAAUUGUGUAAAGAUAACAAUUGUCUUAUCACCUUUGAUGCCUCUGGUUUUUGCAUACAAGACAAGCUCACCAAGCAAAUUGUUCUUCAGGGCAAGAGUAAUCGAGGUCUUUAUCACAUUCCUCUAGCUGCUUCUUCUGUCUUGAAUCGUGCCUCCUGUUUUUCCUCUGCUCCAGUUGCCUAUCUUGGCCAACAAAUAAAGUCCUCUCUUGUCCUUCCACUCCUCAGCAAAAUGGUCUUGCUGAGAGAAAGAAUCGCCAUGUUAUAG